AUGGGUGAUCCUCCGCCAGCAGAAUCAAGCAGCGGCGAGGAGGAGUUCGGUCCUCUUCCUGUGCCAGAGCCUCAAAAGACCGUUCGCAAGCGCAAGGUCGACAUCAACGACUCUAUCUACCUGCAGCAUCUCCCUGACGCCAGCCGAUAUGAGCGCAGCUUCGUGCACAAUGCGACAGUUAGACAUGUAGUUUGCAGCGCACCUACGCGCUACAUCGCCACCGGGAGCGACGAUGGCUGCAUCAGCUUCUGGUACUACGACAAUGAUGGCGUGCAAUUUGUCAAGCGGAUCGAGGCGCACAAAGCCCGCAUCAGUCAGAUGCGCGGCUCGCGGGAGGGCCUGUUCCUGGGCAGUAUAGCGCUCGACCGGACCUACAACCACAUCGACUUUGCGUCCUUCGAUGUGGUCAGCAAAGUGUCGUUGAACUUCGUCCCACUGUGUUUCGAGUUCAUUUCGAACCACACUUCUCCGCACAUUAUUGUUGCUAUCGCAUCCGCCGGUGACAGCCGGGUAUCUCUCUUUAAGCCAACGAUGAGUUCGACCGCCAUAUGUUCGCUUCCAAUCGCUACCCCCGACGUCCAUACUCUGGUUUACAAUGCGCGCUUCGAUGUGUGCUUGGCAGCUAAUCGGCUGGGCGAUGUCGACGUCUUUGACGCCAACACCUUCAAGUUCCCCGUCAAGCACUCGCAACUCACGUUUCGAAUGAAGGGCGAAACCGACCUUUACGAGUUGCGUAAGGUGAAGACGCACGUGGUUUCUAUCGCAAUUUCGCCCAACGGGGAGUUGGCGGCCAUGCACUGUCACGACGGCCUCAUCCGCUUGUUCCGAUUCCGCACACUGAAGCUGUAUCGCGUGUACGACGAAAGCGCGCUGAUGUACUCUGCUGUGCAGAGCGACCCUAAAUCGGUGUUGCUUCACAUGGAAUCGGCCGAGUUUUUGAAAAGGAGGGCCUACGAGGUGGAGCUCUUCAAGGUGGGGGUUGACUGUGGAGAGUACAGUGGAAUGUGCUUCGACUCUUCAUCCAACUACCUCAUCUACCCAUGUAUGCUGGGAAUUAAGGUUGUAAACGUAGUUACUAACAAGCUGGUGCGGAUCAUCGGGCGUAUGGAGCACUCUGUGCGCUUUUUAAAGGUGGACCUAAUGCAGCACGUCUCGAGGAAGCGUCAUAUAAGUUCGGCUGGGUCGGGUAGCAACCAGUUCCUCGAUCCACUCGUCAUCGCUACUGGCUUUCAGAAAAACCGUUUAUACGUUUUUAGCAAUCGCGAACCCAACCAAGAAGAGCUGGAAGGUCGGGAUGUCGGUACCGCGUCAGAUCCACGUGACGCAUCAGCGCCGGCACGCAGUCUAACAUCGGAUGGCGCAGGAGGUCGCCUUGCCCGCGAGGCUGUGAUCCACACCAACAUGGGAGACAUCCACGUGCGCCUGUUUUACAAGGACUGCAAACGUACCGUGGAGAACUUCACGGUGCACGCGCUCAACGGUUACUACAACGGCUGCACGUUCCACCGCGUUAUACCCAACUUCAUGAUUCAAGGCGGUGACCCAGGUGGUGACGGUACUGGCGGCGAGUCGAUUUGGGGGAGCGAGUUCGAAGAUGAGAUUGUUCCACAUCUCAAGCACGACCGGCCAUUUACGCUUUCUAUGGCAAACGCCGGUCCGAACACCAACGGAUCGCAAUUCUUUAUCACCACGGUGUUGUGCCCCUGGCUAGAUGGGAAGCAUACGGUCUUCGGGCGGGUGAUUGGUGGCACGGACGUUGUGCAAGCUAUAGAGCAGGUGCCGACUAACAGCGAUGACAAGCCGUUAACUGAUGUCACCAUUAUCAACGUGAAGGCGGUGAUGUGA